AUGCCAGAUAUUGCCAAGUUAAGACGACAGUGUGACCAAAGAGCACACAUUCAGCAAAUCUUCCAAAGCACUGUCUCCCCCAGCAGUGUCUCCCCAGCAGGAUCUCCCCAGCAGUCUCCCCAGCAGGCAUCUCCCCAGCGAGGUGUCUCUCAGCAGUCUCCCAGCAGUGUCUCCCCAGCAGUCUCCCCAGCAGUGUCUCCUCAGCAGUCUCCCCAGCAGUGUGGCUCCCCAGCAGGAUCUCCCCAGCAGUGUCUCUCCAGCAGUCUCCCCCAGCAGUGUCUCCCCAGCAGUGGUGUCUCUCCAGCAGUCUCCCCAGCAGUGUCUCCCCAGCAGGAUCUCCCCAGCAGGAUCUCCCAGCAGGAUCUCCCCAGCAGUGUCUCCCCAGCAGUAUCUCCCCAGCAGUGUCUCCCCAGCAGGAUCUCCCCAGCAGGAUCUCCCCAGCAGUGUCUCCCCAGCAGUGUCUCCCCAUCAGUAUCUCCCAGCAGUUUUCCAAAGCAUUGUCUCCCCAGCAGUGUCUUCCCCAGUAGUGUUUCCCCAAGCAGUGUCUUCCCCAGUAGUGUUUCCCCAGCAGUCUCCCCAGCAGUGCCUCCACCAGCAGUGCCUCCCCCAGCAGUGCCUCCCCCAGCAGUGUACUCCCCAGCAGUGUCUUCCCCAGUAGUGUUCCCCCAGCAGUGUCUUCCCCAGUAG